AGCCACGUCAACCCAAGGAGUAAGGAGCUUAUGAGCCCACGUCGCAGUGUCCUACAUCAUGACCAUCGAGGAAUGUGCCCCACUACCCACCUUUGACGUUACACCCACCGCAAUUCUAGACCAUGCCAAUCAGGUUAUCCACAGGGUUCAGCUGGAGGUCGAUCAGCUACUCAACACAGUUGCAAUCGGGGAUGCCACCAUUGAUACCUUAGUGCGUCCACUGGGCAAUAUAGACAAUGAGUUCAAGUAUGUGGUUCAAUACAUUGCCCUAUUCCAAUCAGUCGCGCCGUCGCCCGACCUGCGGAAAGCAUCGUCAGAGGCAGUGAACCUGGUCAAUCAGGCUUACCUGGCUCUGUUCCAAGAUGAGCGCCUCUUUGCUCUGGUCGACGUUGUGUAUGGCAACGUCAAUGAGGAUAUUCAGGAUGGCGAGCUCAUGCGUCUCCUGUCGAGAUUCCAUCGCAUGUUUGUCGAUAAUGGCCUCCGUCUGACUGGGGCAGAUCGCGAUCGGUUUCAGCGCAUCACAAAGCGGUUGCUUGAACUGCGAGUCCAAUUUAUGGACAAUAUUGCCACCGACCCAGGGAGUCUGUGGAUAACCCCAGAUGAAUUGGAGGGUCUCGACGAUGGCCUGUUAAAGAACCUCGAACGGGGUCCUUCUGGGACCCGCAUUCGCCUGGAUCGGCCAACAGUCAGCACUAUUCUGGGAAAGUGCAGCGUGGCUCAAACCCGGCGAGAUGUUUUUCUGAGUAAUCAGACAAUUUACCCUCAGAAUGUCAAAAUCUUCCAGGAGACUAUCAGGCUGCGACACGAAGCCGCUCGACUACUGGGGUUCCCGUCUUUCGCAGCGCAACAACUACGGCACCAGCUGGUUAAGUCUCCUAGCGCUGUCACAGACCUCCUGGAGGACCUUGGGCAUAAACUGCAGCCACUUGCGAUUAGUGAGUUGCAAGCCUUACAGGCGUUCGCAGGAAUAGAAUCUCCACUUCAUCUCUGGGAUUUCGACUACUAUCACCGCCGCAUGCUGCAAGAGCAGUAUUCCGUCAGCCACGAUUUGAUCUCCGAGUAUUUCCCCGCUGAACACACUAUUCAGCGGAUGCUGGGCACCUUCGAAAGGCUGUUCGGGUUAUCCAUCACGGAAGUUACAGAGAAGACUGAUCGGCAUGUAUGGCACCCUGAUGUCAGGGUAUUCGCAGUACGUGACAAGCAGGAGUCUUCAAGCUCCUUUCUAGGCUAUCUCUAUACGGAUAUCUACCCUCGCCCAGGAAAAUACAACCAUGCGGCCAACUUCAACAUUCACCCCGGGUUUCAGAAGAAAGAUGGGACUCAAUCCCCUGUAGCCACGGCUCUUGUGUGCAAUGUCUCGCCAGCUACAGCCGACCGACCCGCGCUUUUGCAGCACAGGGAGGUCAUCAGCCUGUUCCAUGAGCUAGGACACGGAAUGCAUGAUCUCCUGGGAAGAGCCAAGUACGCUUUAUUCUCCGGCCAUCGAACUGUGCGAGACUUCGUCGAGGCACCCAGUCAGCUACUGGAAUAUUGGUGCUGGGUACCAGAGUGUUUGCAACAGCUCAGUUGCCAUUACACCUACCUUCCCGGGUAUAAGAGCACUGUGAUGGAUGCCAACCGGCCACCCAGAGAGAUCCCCGAGGCCCUAGUCAAAGGACUUGCUGCCGUGAAGCAAGUCAAUCAGGGUAUCUUGACCCUGAGACAAGUCGCCUUCAGUGCAUUCGAUAUGGAGGUACAUGGCGAGCACGGCCAGGAAAUCUCGGAAGGCAAUGGCAUAUCCGAGCGAUACAACUCGAUACUACAGAAUAUGACCCUCCUCCGAGGCCCUAAGGAAGGGAACUGGGGCCAUGGAUAUGCCACGACCCAGCAUUACAUGUGGGGCCAAGAGGCCAACUACUUCUCGUACCUCUACACCCGGACCUUGGCAGCGGACAUUUGGACCUCCAACUUCCGUGACGAUCCCAUGAGUGCGGAAGCUGGACUUCGCUAUCGACGAAUGAUUCUCGCCAAUGGUGGCAGUAGAGACGAGUUGGACAUGCUCAGAGAGUUCCUGGGACGAUCUCCAUCGCCGGAAGCAUAUCUCAGGGAUCUAGGGGUCGGGGAAGCAUAGCUCCUGAGUCGUUGGUGGGCGGUGCCAUUCAAGGCUUGACGAACCGUGGUUGUAGCUUAUGCGGUGAAGAUCACACGAGCAGCAGCGGAGCGCCUCCGAGUCAUGAUGAUGCUCCUUCAUGGCUGCCAGCUCGUGUUGGCAGCACGAGGAUGUAAGACGGCGGCUCAGCCACAAAUCUCCGCGGUCGCACGGAGACUUAACGGAGGGCAGCGCGGAUCGAAGAAUGUACAUAAAGACGGAAGGGACGAUGGUUUUAUUUUUCAGUAAUCAUCGCAAUAUCAAGCAAAUUAGUACUUCGGUCAUUCUCUCCCUUUCCAUAAACCAAAAAUGCAACAACAGCCAACAGUAGCCUUUUUUGGGGCAACGGGGGGAUGUGCCAAUGCGUGUCUGGCACUGGCCUUGCAAGCCGGGUAUCACUGCUCCGCCCUGGCUCGCACGCCCUCCAAGCUCCACAACCUGCUC